AUGAUGGUUUCCAGGAUACAAUUGUUAUUGCUAUUGGUGAUGGCAGUGGUGGCAGUGAUCGUCUCAGCAGAAGAAGAACACUCGAGCCAAAUACAUGAAGCACGAACAACAACCACCAAAGAUAGGACCAAACGCAGGAUACGGGGUCGUCGAUUGGCACUCCCGUUGGAUACGGAACUCGAUGACGAUUGGGAUUAUGCAAUUCGAGCACCCAAAGACGAUCCACAUAUUCACAGUUCAGGAAAGGCUGGGAAAGCUGGGAAGUCUGGCAAGAAUGAUUCGAUUCAAAUCGAAACACAGUCGCCUUCCAAAACACAAAACGAGGAGGACGACGAUGGUUUUGAUAAUGGCGACAGCAGCUCCAAACCACCAAACAAGGGAAAUAGUGAUGGUGACAGCACAAAAUUACCAAAGGGUGACGAUGAUGAUGUUAGUUUAGAUGAUGAUUUGGCGAGUUUGCACUCGAUGCCAUCUGAAUCACCAUCAGCACGUCCGUCCCAAGCUCCAGCCGGUUUGGGGCCACCAUCUCCACAGCUGGUUGGUAUGAUUCCAGGAGGCCCAUCACCAAAUCAAUCAACAAUCUAUCCAAAAGACCCACAGGCGCCUAUACCGACUGACACAGAAUCAUCUGUAUCGAACAAUGCUACCGAUGGGCCUACUUCUACCACAAAUGCUGGUAUGAUGAUUGGAGUCGCCGUCAGUGGUGUUGGACUCGCAGCAGUCGCAAUGUUUCUCUUCAAGCGGCAGAAAAAGAGGAAACGAUUGGUUCUUACCGCAUCGCAACUGGAAGACGACGAUAUGGAACAUGAACGUGGAGGGAAACGGCGAAAAAUCGUCAAGGAUGGAGUCGUGAAUGAUGACGAUGAUGACUACGAACGGGGACAAAUGGAAGCCUUGGUAUCAAAUCCUACCUCCUCCUCGAGGACAUCAAGGCAAGCACCAGCAACACCUGGACCGCUCUCUCCGACUAAAGUGAGAGAUGGCGUUAUAGAGGAUGACGACGAGGAAGGUUGGUCCUUUACAGGCGUUUACAAGCUCCAGGAGCACUACAACUUGACCGGAUUCCUGGAAGCCACGGGUGUUCCUUGGGCCAUUCGAUCGGCAGCGGCACGAGCCCGACCGAUCCACUAUAUCACCCAUGAAGGCAAUGUCAUUACCAUGAAAUUUAAAGGCGUUCCAAGGGCUACCUAUAUACUAGACGGUCCAGCGGUCGAAAAUGUGCUGCGAGAUCGAAGAUUUGCAUGCAAGGCGAUACCUAUAUACACAGUCGACGGUUAUGGAUUUGAAGUUCAUCAACAAGGAGUGGAUGGUGGCGACUAUGAUAUACAGCUGAGAUGGACUCUUUCCGAAGAUGACAUGACAGUACAGUUGACCAUGACGGCUAUCUUCAAGCCAGAUCCAAAAAAGAACAAGACGAGGGAGCCAGUCCGGUGCACACAAAUAUAUAGUCGAAUCGGAGAGUUCUAG